UGACGUCUCGCGGAGUGCAGUGUUUACCGCGCUGUCCGGUGUAACAUCAUGUUAACUAAAUGCUGUCGCAGACUCGCGAGGCUCUACUUAACCGCUAAAGUCGUUUGAUACUGACUUUGCAGCGCGAUGGACGCCCUGGAGAUGCUUGUGGAUGAAGUAGCUUUGGAGGGUUUGGAUGGGAUAACGAUUCCGUCGCUAUGGAUCCGUUUGGAACACAGAGUCCCCAAAUUCCCCCUGAAAACGGACCCCCCGACGAAGGAGCUCCUCUGGAGAGCUUUGCUCUGCAACCGAGACAUGGAGUUCUACGAGUUACCGCAGGAGAGGCCGCCUGUUGUGUUCUUUGAUAGGUUUGCAGAAGUUGACCCAGAAACGGGUGUCCAGGAGAUCCGGAAGUUGACCCCAUCUGUGGAAUCCAAGGAUAUUUAUCCUGUUAAUGUGAUUCACCAGGACAAAAAUGGCAUCCAGGGUUCCUGUCUGUUCUUGAAAGAGCGAAAAAGCAUCACUGAUCUCAUCAGGACAAAAGACCUCAAACCAUCUUACACGCUAGAGGAUGCUUUCAAACGGUGGGAGCAUAAACUGGUUGUGGUGGCCUCCCAGGAAGUCCGCUACAGGUCUCUCAUAGGUUUGGAGGGCGAUCCUGAACUAAAGCUGAAUGACUACUCUUACUGCAUCCUGGAGCGACUGGGCAGAGCCCGAUGGCAGGGAGAGCUUCAGAGAGACCUGCACAGCCGAGCCUUCAAGACCGAUGCAGGCAAAAUGCACUACAUGAGGAGGUCCCUGGACAACCACGGUCUGAUCACCCAUCAGUCACACGUGAUUCGCCAGCCAACUGGUCCUCAGCAGUAUUCAAUCCUCCUCCUGCUGAAGAGGUUUCAUGUGGACCGGAGAAACAAGUAUGACAUCCUGAUGGAAAAAACAUCAAAACUUUUAUCCACCUGUCCAGGCAACACUGCUGUAAUGAUCAACCUGAGAGAUCAGUUGCAACUUAAUGAGGGAACUUUCAAGCGAGUGUACCAGUACAUGAUGGCAGCCAAGCUUGUUCAGAUUGUCAAUGUCCCACUCCAAAAGCUAAACCCUGACGCAGGUCCAUGCAAAACCAAGAAAGGAAAAGACAUCAUGGUGCGAUGUCUGAAGCUCCUUAAAAAUUCAGAGAAAAAUGAAGAAGACGACGACGAAGACAACAACGAAGAGGACAGCAGCAGGAAACCACCUCAGUCCGAGAGCCGUGUAAUGGAGCGAGACACUGUGACGAAUGCCUAUGAGAUAGUGAUAUCCAGUGGAACAAGAGGAAUAUCACAGUCUGCUCUCAGAGGACGCAUGAAUGUUGGAAAGCUAGAGGGACGCAUGAUAUGCCGUCUUAUGGAGCGAAAUCACAUGAUAAAGGGCUUCAUGGAGGAUGAGGGACGGCAGCGAACCACCAAGUACAUCAGUAAGAUCUUUGUUGAGCAGAGCGAACUGAACCAGCAGUUUGCUAAGGAGAAGGCGCGCAGCGAGCAGCUCAUGACGGGAGCGACAGCCGAGCUGGGCCAAACAGAUGUAGAUAGCCCUUUGCAUGCUGCGGGCAAGUCGCAGUUGCAUUCUGGGCUUCAUUUCCAGGAGCCGGUCAAGGGAGCACCUCAGGAGCAGCAAACGCAUAAAACUAAGUCCCUGAAGCCCAGCAUCAAGAUGCAGAAGGAAGAUCUCAGCAAAAAGAGCAUGUGCAAAGAGUCCAAACUGAAUGUUGACAUAAAACACUCAACUCCCAUUAAGGAAAAAAGUUUGCCUGCCUUAACAAUGGCAGAGGAAGUGGUGGAGAAACUGCAGAGUGACAGCAUAAGCGUGAUGCAGGAAGAGACCAGCUUUGACAUGGAUGCGUCAGACCAGACAACGAAUGUCAGUAGCUUCAACACAUCUACUGAUAAUGAGGCCACUGUCACUGUUAUUGAAGAACUUCUCAGCCACAAGGGAGCGAGGCCCCCGAAGACGUCAGGUGCUGUGCACAUCGAGAAGCGUCAUCAGACGUACAGGCUCCUCAAGAGAAAGAACCUCAUCAUCGAAACAGUUCGCAACCUCAAGGUUAUUGAGAGCUUGUACACAGUACAGAAGAUGAUCAUGGAUGAGGAGAAACAGGAUGGAGUGUCCACCAAAUGCUGCAAGAAGUCAAUUCUAAGACUGUUGAGUAGCCUCGCCAGAGAAGGAGUGCUGAAACUGUUCCGCACAACUGUCAUCCAAGAUGGUGUCAGCAAAAAGGUUGAGUUUGUGGUCCAUCCCUCCAUCACCCCAGAUGAUCCACUGGUCCGAAGUGCCAUUGAACAAAUUAGAUUUCGCAUAUCGAGUUCCACCGCAGCACUCCGGAUCAAAGCAGCCCAAGCUACGCAGGAGACAGCGACGGACAAGGAGGCGCAAGAAGUGGAAAAAAAUGAAAACAUCGAAAAAGGACCAGGCUCUGGUUCUCCCAAAAACCAAAGAAGCAAAACAGAUGAGAUGAUGGGAGUCCAGCAGCUUAAAGGCUUUAAGCCUUCAAUUGUACCAGGUCUUGGACGAUCCCUUGGCUUUCUGCCUAAAAUUCCUCGACUGAAGGUAGUACAUUCGUUCCUGUGGUACCUCAUUUAUGGCCAUCCCUUGAGGAGGACCUCUGGACAGAGCAAGGGGACAGAGGAGGAUGGAUCAGAACCUGUGCACAGUGAGGAAGGCAGUCACAAGGCAGCGCAGGACAAGAUGUUUCAUCAGGAGGCUGCAUCAAACAGUGUACUUAAGGAGAACACUUCCUUGGACGCUAAAGUAGCAGAGUUUGAAACUCAAAGAGUGUAUGCGGACGAACCUACCUGGAGAAGGUAUAUUCCACCCACACCCCUGCACCGAGAGUUUGGCUACGGAUGGGCUCUCACCAGCGACAUUCUCCUCUCUCUCCCUCUUUCCAUCUUUGUGCAGAUCAUACAAGUCAGCUAUAAGGUGGAUGACCUGGAAACGUACCUCAAUGAUCCCCUAAAGCAACACUAUCUCAUCAGGUUCUUGCCAAGCCAAAUAAAGAAGCAACUUCUGUAUAAAAGGAGGUACAUAUUUAGCUUUUAUGAAAGCAUGCAGCGAUUGUGCUACAUGGGACUACUGCAGUUUGGACCAAUUGAAAAAUUUCAAGACAAAGAUCAGGUCUUUGUCUACUUGAAGACAAAGGCCACUAUUGUGGACACCACCACUUGUGAGCCCCAUUAUAAUUUGGCCAUGUCAAGUCGUCCGUUUGAGCAUCGAUUUUACGUAUUCAACACGACUCAGGAUGUGGAGAAUUACUGGUUCGACUUGCAGUGUGUCUGCCUGAACACACCUUUAGGUGUGAUAAGAUUCCCUCGUACGAAGUCUGCCUCAGGGCAGGGGGACGAGGAGGAGGAGGCCAAACUCCCUCCUUCUGCCGAGCCAGAGAGGCCAGAGCAGCGGUACGCGCGGCUGGCGUACACACUCAGGGGAAGCCGGGAGGUGUCAGACAAUGGUGUUACUCCUGGGGAUGGACAGGGUGCAGGAGGUCUGGACUCAUGCUUCUUUGCUCAUCUCAAGCGCAACUGGAUAUGGACCAGCUACCUGCUCAGCAAAGCCAAAAAAACGGACAAUACUUUAGAAUCCAGUCCCACUCUUCGGCUGAAAAACCUUCUCAAAAAACACCCUCUUCCCCUCUCCAUGUGUGGAGCUGGCAAAGUGAGCAGCAUCAGAGACUCCACACUCCUGCCGGUGGUGGAAGAGGACAUUCAGAUAACCACUGAGCCCAGUGAAAGGAACAACUAUGUUGUGGGUGGCAAAAAACGGAAACGCAAGAGGCUGAAGGCUGUGGCAAAGCCAUCCAAGAAGAAGAGGAAAGUGGGUGCGGUGAAGAAGCACACACGACUCCCAUUCCACGAUGAGGCUGAUCGGAGCGCUCUGGAGAGGAUGACGCGCCUUCGAGUCAUCUGGACAGUACAGGAGGACAGUCUUCUCAUGUUGUGCCGUGUUGCAAGCCACUUCCUCAACCGCAAGAUUAAGAAGCCAUUCGUCCCGUGGCAAGUGGUGCGAGACCUCCUUCAUGCCCAGUUUGAGGAGUCCCUGGACAAGACCUCCUUAUCUGUCGGUCGGCGGUCCCGCUAUAUCAUGAAAAACCCACAGACUAACCUCAAUUUCAAAAUAUGCCUGGCAGAGGUGUACCAAGACAAAGACCUCAUUGAGAAUUUUCAGAACCGGAAGAAUAACUAUGACAACCCAGAGGUCUGUGCAUCCGAGUUCAAGGAGUUUGUUGCUGUCUUGAGGCAGAAGUUCAGUUCGGUUUCAGACGACCGCGGCUUGCGUAUCCCAGACACCAAAGAGGAACUCUUCGGAAGGUUCAAGGUGUAUGCAAUUGGAGAAAAUGCAGAGGAGAGCAGGACAGACAUCCUCACCAGCCUUGAAGAUAUCCACUCUCUGGUUCUUAAUAACCUCAUCCAGAGCACACUGGUGCUGUCCAACUCACAGAUGAAAAGCUCUCUCUCCUUCCAGACCUUCCACGUGUACAACAAGUACAAGCAGACAGUUCUGGAGACGGCUUUUCUGAAGUGUCAGAAGCGGGGGCUGGUCAACCGGCGACGCGUCAGCAAGUCCUUUGGGCCCAAGAAGAGCCGCGGGCUGCCCUUCCUACCCAUGUCCUACCAGCUCUCUCAGACCUAUUUCAGGUGCUUCUCUUGGCGCUUUCCCACCAGCACUUGCACAGAGGCCUUCGAGUUCCUGGAGACUUUGCAGCACGCAGGCAGGGAGGACAGACCCAACGUCUUCCUCUUCCAGGACCAAGAGGGAGAGCAGCUGCCAGCAGAACCCGACACAGUGCUCUUCUCUCUGGACUCUGCCGGAGGUGCCUGCGUUGCCAGCCUGAGCCUCAUGAUGAUGGGCCUGCUGUCCGUGGAACUGUCCAUUCCUGAGCACAUAGUAGUGGUGGACAGCACCCUAGUGGACAACGAGGUGGUGAAGAGCAUUUCAAAGGAUGUGACAGAGGAAGACGACGAGGAAGAGGAGGUAGAUGAGGCCGACGGGAGGAAGAAGAUCGAGGUUAAAGCCAGGCAGGCCUCCCACACGAACUACCUGCUGAUGCGUGGAUAUUGUGUCCCUGGCAUUGUCAGCUUGCGCAACCUCAACACCAACGAUAACAUUGUGGUGAACUCGUGCGCCAUGCGGCUGAAGCUGCGGAAGAGCCCGUCACACCAGCUCUUCUCCAGUGCCGGUGGCAACGUGUUGGAUGACUCGCGCCGGGGGGAGGCCUGCCUGCCCACCAGCUUCACUCGGCUGCUGCGGCCGUGCCAGGACGCCGGGCGCCUGGAGCGCUUCAGCAGCUGGUGCAUCCACCGGUGCAGCUACAGUGCCGAGGACCUGCAAGCUGUGCUGGAGGUCAGCGGCACCAUCGAGAGUGCUGAUGUCUUUGGCUGUGACCGGAUGGAGCUCGCUCAGACCUUCUCCCGCUUGGAGGAGGUGCAGGAUGGCAGGACUAGGACCUUGUGGCAGUAUCUUGAUGACUUGAUCAGCUUGGAAGAGGUGCUGGAGGCUGGGGGGACAUCGGUGCGAUAUGUGGCUGUGAAGUCCGCUGACCCGUGGCUCAUUCACGCCCCCGAGGCGCUCCGAAUGAAGAGCAGGGCCGUCCAGCCACAUCAGGCUUUGCCCAGGAAGAGGACCAAGGAGUCCAUGGGAGAGGAGGACGAACAUGAGGUACAAGCUCUGAAUAUACCCAAAAGACCGGCUCUGGAAAGUGAUGUCCAAGAAGUGACAAAAACAGAGCUUCAAGGAGAGGAGAAGACAGAGCCUGAAGAAUACACAGCGACAUCAUCAUCAUCAGCAUUAGCAUCACCAUCAGCAUCUCCUGUUAAUGAUCAUCCUGCUCAACUGGCUGAGUCAAAGUUGGCUUCUUUGGACUCAAGAAGUGAAGAUAACGAUAAAGGCUGCUCUGCCGCAAAGGUGGAUGACAGGCCUGAAGACGUUGGUGGGAGCGUGACGGAUAGCGUGAGCUUCGUCAGCCGGCCUUGGCGCAUCGUUGACGGGAGUCUUAACAAGCCGGUGUGCAAGGGCAUGCUGGAAGCCCUGCUGUUCCACAUCAUGACCAAGCCUGGAAUCCCCGAGCCAAUGCUCAUGGAGCACUACAGGGGUGUCCUGCAGCCCGUGGUUCUCCUGGACCUUCUGCAGGCACUAGAAGACAUGGGCUGCGUGCACAAGAGGUACAUGGCAGGGCGGCCCAGAGCUUCGCUGUUUUCCACACCCCAGGUACCAGAGGUGAAAGAAUGUGUGAAAGUGAAUGAGAACGGCACCCCGUUCUAUGAGCCAUCUGUGGACUGCUGUCUGCGGCUGGGUAAGGUCUUCCCUCAUGAGGCCAACUGGAACAAAUGGGUCCAGUUUGCACAUUCCUAAAUUGGGACAAGCUGGGGCUCUGGUACAGUGUUAUGCCUCCCUCAUUUUUUUAUUUUAUGUAUGAGUUGUACUUUUGAUGUGAAUACUUAUGGCUCUGUACAAUUUUUUUUUUGUGUGUAAUUAAAAGUAAAUUAGUUGAUCAUGACCACAUUAUUUUGCUAAAUAAUUGACACUGGGUUUUAUUUACAAUUUGUUUAUUUUACAGAUGUAACAAACAUUUCCUGUACAUUCCAAAGUUCAGAAAUAUUUUGUUCUCAUGAGACAACCUUAUUCUCAGGGCAGUUCUGAAUAACAACCUACUGUACUAGUGUUCAAAACUCACCUGUAGUCCUUAAUGUUUAAUGAAUAAAGUUAAUCUGAGACCCUAUAGCCACAGGUGAGUUACACAUUUUAGAAAAAGUACUGACAAAUAACUUAGUCCUUUGAACAAUAAUCACCACUCUUACAGUCUUGAAAAUGGGGGGGG